AUGGAUUCAGAUAGUUGUCACAUAGUUGAUUGUACCAGUUAUGGAUGGAAAACGCUGAAUGAAAUACGACAUAAUUUGGAAACAAUCGGCUAUGCUAAAGUGAAAUUGUCACAAUUAGAUCGAAAACUUGUAUUUCAUACAGAUUGUUCUUAUGAAGAAAAUGCACCAAAAUUUGUGGCUUUGUAUGUUGUUCAAUGUGAUAGAACAGACGAUGGUGAAAAGUUUCAAAUGGUAAAAACAAGUGAAAUUAUAGAGAAAUUAUCACAUAAAAGUCAAAAACUAUUGAAAGAAGAAACGUAUAAAAUAAGGGUGUCACCUGAUUUUAGAAAAGGCGAGACUGAAUAUAUUUGUGGUCCCAUUUUAAUUGCUGAUGGACAUAUGAAAUAUAGACGGGAUAUUAUAGAUAAAAUUCAAUUAAAAAAUGAAACAAUUGAAAAACAGCAUGCUAUUAAUGAAUUAAAUUCAAUAAUACUAUCCGAAAACAAAUUAAAUAUAUUUAGAUCACUAUUUGAAAAUAAUAUGAUGGUCUUAUCUAAUAAUGCCAAAUAUCUUCAUCGACGUUCAAAAAUAAAAGAUCUUGAACGAUAUUUUCUAAGAAUAAGAUCUAAUCUCAUAUAA